AUGGACGACGGCAGGAACACUGAGGCCGAGCGCGAGGCUUCCCGCCUCUGGCGUGCAUGGCGCACCGCCCACGAGAUGGUCGCCGACAGGGGCUACGUUAUCGCCGAGUCCGAGUACAAGCUCACCCUGGACGAGUUCCGCCAGCGCUUCGGCGAUCCCACCGGCUACGUUGACCGCAAGCAGCUCGCCUUCUCCGCCGGCCCCAGCGACGACAUGAAGCGCAAGCACUACAACCCCCGCAAGCCCAAUGAGACCAUCGGCAACAUCUGGAUCGAAUUCAACGGCGACCAGAACAUCGGUGUCAAGCAGCUGCGCAACUUCGGGCACACGCUCAACGAGAACCAGUUCAGCUCCGGCAUCUUCAUCACCGCCGUCCCCGUCACCGGCGCCGCCCAGAAGAUCAUCCCCUCCCUGCACCCGCUCAUCAUGGAGAUCUUCAUGGAGCAGGACCUCCUCGUCAACAUCACCCACCACGAGCUCGUCCCCAAGCACGUUUUGCUCAGCGCCGAGGAAAAGGCCGCGCUCCUGCAACGCUACCGCUUGAAGGAGAGCCAGCUGCCGCGUAUCCAGCAGGGCGACCCGGUCGCGAGGUACCUGGGUCUGAGGAGAGGCCAGGUCGUCAAGAUCAUCAGGAAGUCGGAGACGGCGGGCAGGUACGCAAGUUACAGAUGGGUCAUCUAA